GAUUUAUUAAGUGUGCCUCUCUGAAUUCCGACGUUGCAUCUGGUGCCUGCUUAGGUGAGCUCACUGCCCGCCACGCUGCAGACAGCAGAUCCCUGAGAGGUGAGCUGCAGCCCCGACUUCCAACUCUCCGUACUGCAAGCGGAGGCGGGGCUGCGUCGGCUCUGGGUUAAAUACUGAGCCCCGUUGAUCAAGGCAUCCCAGUUUGAGAGCACCAGCUAGCUCACCUUCUGCAACGUCGGCUGCAACCCCGCGCCAUGGCCAACGCUUACCUGCAAGGAGUUGAAAUCUCCGCAACACAGUUCCUGGAUAUCUUUCGCCAUUAUGACAACGAUGGUAAUGGAUAUAUUGAAGGAAAGGAGUUGCAGAACUUCAUCAAAGAGCUCCAGCAAGCUCGAAAACAAGCGGGACUAGAAUUAACUGAGCAAAUGAAGGCUUUUGUGGAAGAGUAUGAACAGAAUGCUGGUGGUAAGAUAGGCAUUGUAGAGCUUGUUCAGAUAUUACCCACUGAAGAAAAUUUCUUGUUAUUUUUUCGGCAACAGCUGAAAUCCUGUGCAGAAUUUAUGCAGGCCUGGAGAAAGUAUGAUGCUGAUCACAGUGGCUACAUCGAAGCAGAUGAACUUAAGAAUUUUUUGCGAGAUCUACUUCUGAAAGCAAAGAAAACCUAUGAUGACAAAAAAUUAGACGAGUAUACGCAAACUACGCUAAAAAUAUUUGAUUCCAACAAUGAUGGGAAGCUGUGCCUGGCAGAAAUGGCAAGGCUAUUACCAGAUCAAGAAAACUUUUUGCUCAAGUUUCAGGGGGUAAAAAUGCCAAGAAAAGAGUUCAACAAAAUUUUUGAACUGUACGACCAGGAUGGAAAUGGAUAUAUGGAUGAGAAUGAGCUGGAUGCCUUAUUAAAAGACCUGUGUGAAAAAAAUCAAAAGGUGUUAGACAUCAAAAACAUUGCAACAUAUAAAAAAACUAUUAUGGCCUUAUCAGAUGGAGGGAAGCUGUAUAGAACUGAGUUAGCACUAGUCCUCUGUGCUGAUGAGAACUAAGAUGCUCUGCUGGCAAUUCUCAACUCACUAGUGAUGUGUUUAAAGAUAGCUCUUAAUUCCAAGGGUGUACUGUAGGAUGUUUUUUUAUCUGUACAUUUUACUGAUAGCGCAUAGAUACAUAAUUGGGAUGUGUAGCACAUAAUUUUCAAUCUGUCGUUUCUAUACUGUUUGUAAUGUACAGCUUUUGUAAUUAUGAAAUUAAUACAAUAAUAAAGGAUAUAUGCUUUGACUCUAUAUUAUAUAUUCUGUGAUACAGUAUAUACCUUUGCUUCCUUACCAGUUUAUUAAGAGAUGUGUGCAGAGCUGUACAGAGAUGUAUUGCUGAAUACUGUGUAAGUUGUAUUACAUUAACACCAGUUUCAGAUUCUGCCUGAUAAUAUUAUAAUUAUGAAAUAGCCAAAGCAAUAAAUUAUUACUAAAUGAUACUUGGGGGUGUAUUGUUUAAUUAGAUGGAUAAAUAACAGAUUAUGUAAACUGACGUUAUUUAGCUGAAUUUACUUUUGCAGUGCAUGUUUGUUGCUAAAGGCUAGCCUUUUAUCAAGGCAUUAAUUAAGAAUUUAAAUGCCCAUUUCUCUGCAUAGCUCAAUAAUUUAUUAGCCCCGACAUGUCAGCAAUGACUCACCUGUUCUCUGAAGAAAUAUCAAUCUAUUUGCACUGUAAGGAAUGGCGUGCUGCACUAUGCUUUAUACCAGACUCACUGUGUAACCCUGUAAUUAAAUACUGAUCAAAUACUACCUAACAAAAGUGGUUGUGUGUUGUGGUGUGAUUGAUUUAAAAAGCGUAAAAUAAACUCUUACAUUACUUUUA